AUGAUGAAGGAGCGCUUCGCGAAGCUGCUGCUGGGCGAGGACAUGUCCGGCAGCGGCAAGGGCGUCUGCACCGCGCUCGCCGUCUCCAACGCCAUCACCAACCUCUCCGCCACCGUGUUCGGCGAGCUGUGGCGGCUGGAGCCGCUGGCGUCGGCGAGGAAGGCCAUGUGGACGCGCGAGAUGGACUGGCUGCUCUCCGUCGCCGACUCCAUCGUCGAGCUCAUCCCCUCGCUCCAGGAGCUCCCCGACGGCGGCGGCCAGUUCGAGGUCAUGGUGCCGCGCCCCCGCAGCGACCUCUACAUGAACCUCCCCGCGCUCAGGAAGCUCGACGCCAUGCUCCUCGCCAUGAUCGACGAGUUCAAGGAGACGGACUUCUGGUACGUCGACAGGGGCAUCGUCGUCGACGACGGCGGCGGGGGGCCCUGCCCGUCCUCCUCGUCUUCCUCCUGCGGGCGCCCGUCGUCGGUGCGGCAGGAGGAGAAGUGGUGGCUGCCCUGCCCGCGGGUGCCGCCCAAGGGGCUGCCCGAGGAGGCCCGGAGGAAGCUGCAGCAGAGCAGGGACUGCGCCAAUCAGAUUCUGAAGGCGGCCAUGGCGAUCAACAGCGACGUGCUUGCUGAGAUGGAGAUCCCGGAGGCGUACCUGGAGUCCUUGCCAAAGAGUGGCCGAUCUUGCUUGGGUGAGAUAAUUUACCGGUACAUAACGGCUGAACAAUUCUCACCUGAAUGCCUCCUGGACUGCUUGGACCUGUCAUCGGAGCACCAUACACUUGAAGUAGCAAACAGAAUAGAGGCUGCCAUCCAUGUCUGGAGACUAAAGGGCCAAAAGAAAACGGCGCCUCAGGCAAAGUCAAAGAAAUCUUGGGGUGGAAAAGUGAAGGGUCUUGUUGGAGAUACGAAGAGCCAAGUGCUGUCCCAGAGAGCCGACGGUCUGCUACAGAGCUUAAGAUUGCGACACCCUGGCUUGCCACAGACUUCCCUUGACAUGAACAAGAUCCAGUCCAUACUUGAAAGUUACUCGAGGGUUCUGGAGAGCUUGGCGUUCAACACAAUUGCGAGGAUUGACGACGUGAUCUACGUGGACGACGCCACGAAGAAGUCUGCCGCGGCGGAGACCGUUUCGAUCUUCAACCGCGGCACGGGCGCACCAGUCCAGAAGAAGAUCUCCCCAAGCCCAUUCUCGAUCCAGCACACGCCAUACGCCUCCCCCUUCGCCACACCCACCUUCUGCUCCUCCACCCCAGUCAAUGGCAACAGCCCCGGAAGAGCACCGCAGCCUCCACCGAGCAAAAAGAACCCGCCAGCGAAACCCGAGAUCAAAGUCGAGAAGCUCUUCUCCGGUGAUGUAGAGAAGGUGUGGACCUAUGCCGGAAACCUGAGCGCGCGGAAAGAAGCCGGAGACGCUCCUGAAAGGGACUGA